AUCACCAUGCGCAUCUUCAUUUCGACGGACACAGCAGGUGCAAUUGCAGUCCAAGACGCUGCGCAUGUCAAGCUAUAGCCAGAAGCUGUUCGUCGGAAGGGCGACUGACGUGCCGCCUGUGCCGGCCUGAUUCAAGUUCUCACUCCUUUCACCGACACGCACACCCGAGAAUGGCGGAGCUCUACAACUAUAGCUGUUUUCGAUAUACAGGUUCUUCGUUACUUUACUGCUUUGGGUGUGAACCCAUGAGUAAAACUCGCGAAUUGCGGAACUAGUUGUUCUCGCAAGCAUUCUCCGUCAGCGGCGGUACCGUACCGUACAGUCAUGGCGGCUGUGGCUCGACCACAAUCUGUCCAACGCGCGGCCGGCACGGGUAUCCUCCGACAAGGUACGCCCCCCCACCUUAUGUCCCCAAGCCUCAAUGCCUGCCGUGCUGUGAACGCACUCCCUCUUCAGGAGAGUCUCCUGAAACCCACUUAGGGUCCACGCACGCAUCGAUUCGUCUGCCCUCGAUAUGCACCGGGCUGGCUAUCGAUGCAUACCACAACAGGUCGAAUGCGCUGCUUCCUGCUCUGCCCCGUAUCCAGACCGUCUGUGGCGGCUCGGCCUAGCCACUAUGAUCGGUUCUCGCUGACUAGCAGCUGUUCCGCGGAUGAGAGGCCACGCGUCCCAUUGGCUCCACUCAACAACGAAUGUCACGAGCUGCAUCCGCGCAGAGCCCGCUUGCCCGCUGCCCACAGCUUACUGUACAAGAAGGCGCCCCGGCCCUCUGCACAAAACCACAAACCACGCACUGUCCGCCUUUGAUCCCGCCCUCCCGUACACUCUCCCUCACACUCUCCCUCAUUAACCCGCUGUCUGACCAAGCGCUUUCGUCCAGACUAAUCUUGAAAAUGGACUACAGACGCAUGACGCGUUGGGCACUCUCGUGCGGGAGCUUUAUCAAAAUGCUCAUAUAAACGAGGUGCGCUCCUGGUUUUGAACCCUUCCGUCGCGCGUGCAUCAUACUGAAGCACUCACAGGAGCAUCCAAUCCAUUUUAUGCACGAUUAUGUCCGCCUCCAGACGCUGUAUCUGCUGAUCGGGCAAAUGCUGCAACAAUAUCAACAGUUUCGCGCACCAUACUCCCCUCUCAUCAUCAGACAGGCGGAGGCGGAAAGGCAAUAUUCCCAAUCAUACCCCUACUACCUCAUAACCGACCCGCCACCGCCUGACGUAGGGAGGAGCGUGGGCGCGCACGACAUGGAGGAACUUGCUGCGUGGAUGCAGACUACUUCAAUCACGGCUCCGACCUGUCCCCAGGAAACGUACAUUGCGACACAGCACGCAGCUGCAGGCGUAAGUUCUAUGCAGACACCGCCAAACUUAUGGCCCCUCCAGGAUGGUUCUGCAUGCCGGCCUGCAUGGCUUGAUGAUCAUCCGUACUGCUCGUUCGAUCCUUCCGCGUUCCCCGGAGAUGGCUAUGUUGGCGGCCAUCAAGACGCCACACUGGGCGAAGGGAUCGAUUGCGCCGUACAGCCUGAGGUCUACACCGACGCUGCUCUCGUCCCACCUAAUGCCGCACCCUCCAUCUCCGUUAUCGAGCACCUCGAGCAAGGCACAUACUCGCGCAAACAGGCCGUCAAGGGCAUACCGGCAGGUCCCAUUUAUUUCAACGGCGAGAACGGGGUACUGCUGGCAACGCUUGAGCCCCUCGUGGACGGCGAAAAACCCGCCUUCGACACCAACGCGUCCAUUGGCGUAAAAGCGUCGAUCCGAUUCGAGCUACCUCAGUUUCCCGGGCACACCAUGCAAGUUCGAGUACGACAUGGAGAUGGGCAAGGCCGUCCGGCACAACCCAUCACGCUCCGCGAGAUGGCGGCGACGGUGGGGCUCGAACUAAAGAAGCUCAUGGCCCAUGCGAAGAAAAAGGGAGAACCGCUCCUGCAACGUGGUUCCGAAGUGGACUUCGAUAAGGUGGUUCUGCUGCGGAUCGAGCACAUCUCGCGCGGCAGCUUCCAGCCUAUCAUCGGGAUCCGGAGUAAUGGCUAAGUGCAGUGCGGAAAGGAUGCAGCGGGGAAUGCCUUGUAUCGCGUCGGAGAAUCACGGAAGAGCCUUGCCAUGAAGUCAGCCAUAUCCUAUUGUAGAACAUAAUCACAUUGUACUCACGCAAAAGACCCAUUAUCGCACUAGUACAGUAACGUAGACCCC